AUGGAUGUCUCAGGACAAAUUAAGCAUCUAACAUGGUUGGAUACUUCAAUUUCUUGGAAUCUAUUCUGGAAUCAACCAAGAGAAAAAUGUGAUGUUUAUGCCAAUUGUGGGGUGUUUGGAGUUUGCGAUAAUGCUAAUGCAUCCUGCAAUUGCUGGAGCGGCUUCAAGCCAAGAUCAGAUACAGAAUGGAAUUCAAAUGAUUAUUCAAGUGGUUGUGUAAGAGACCAAAAGGAGCAGUGUAAUGAAAUUACUAAAGACCAUGAUAGUUUUUGGAUGGAUUCAAUCAUGAGACCACCUGCUCCUCCAGAUACUAAUAUCACUGUUAGGGAAGCCUCACGGUGUAGAUCUACUUGUUUUAACAAUUGCGCUUGCACUGCUUAUACUUAUGAUGGUUCUGACACCUGUUCAAUUUGGACCGGAGAUCUGUUCAAUCUACAACAACUCAGCAAAAGUGAAACAGAAAGGACUAUCUUUGUCAAACGUGGCUCACCUGCAGCUCAACCUAAAGUUAUGAUAUCGAUGAAGCUAAAACCUAUACUUUCAUCCAUAACAGUUUUUAUGGCUCUACUCAUAGGCAGCUUUACCUACAUUUACUAUAGAAGAAGAAUGGAAAAAAGAGAAGGUAAUUCUGAUAUGAAUCCAAGAGAAGCAGAGGAGGUACCCAAGGGGCACAAAUAUCUCACUGGCACAAGGUUGAAGGAGAAGCAAAAGUAUUGA